AUGAAGAGUACGUCGUCGCGCUUCAGUUUCGAUAUGAUCGGGGCCGCCAAGCAAGAGAAGCUCCUCGAAGAGAGACAUCGCCAACGAGAACUCGAGAGGCAGACGACGCGCUCCCCAAGCAUAUCAAACAGCUAUCGGGACUCUAGGUUCGACGAUAUGGACGAUUUCGACUACGACGCAAUGAUGGAUGACGACGGACUUGAAGAAGCCAUACCGGGAGUGAAUACAGAUUAUUACGAAGAGCCCAUUCCGGGAAUGGAGUCCGAUUAUGAUGAAGAAUAUAUACCCGAGGCGGGUUUAGAUGACGAUUUUGAGGCAGCCGCCGGUGAGGAGGACGAAGAUCAACACGACGGAUACGACAUGGAAGAUGUCGACAAUGAUCAGGAAAAUUUCUCGGGCUUCGUCUUCCAACGAUCCAACCCUCAGGACGCUGAUGGCCGAGUUAUCGGUUUUGCCAUGUCCAAGGACACCCCGGGUUUAGAACCGAACUUCCCGUCACCCAUUCCACCGUCUCUGGUGCAGAGACCGAUAAUCUCAUCGACGGAAGAAGGGACCGGCCUCGGUAUCCAAUGUCUCGACGUGGUGGAACAAUCCGACAACUUGAUUCGCCAACCGCAUACAGUGGCUAUGGAACCGGACAAGCAGCGUGAAUCCUUCCUUGCGCCUCCAGCGCGGACUAAUGAUGAUUUAUAUUUUGACGACGGAAUCUCGGGCUUCGAUAAUGAGUUUGCGGACGAGUUAAAUUUUGGCACUGGCAACGAUGAGCCUUUCAAUGAGGCACUCUUCGAUCUGGACGACACGGAUCAGUAUGGCCGCCCUAUACCAGGCGCAUUUCGGAUGGCAAAGGAGGCUCAUGAUGCGGCAGCCCGCCACCGCACCCAAGAGGACAGCGACGUGGUGAGUGGGCGCAUUGCCCAACCCACCCUGUCCCAGUCAACGACGCGAACAUCUACCAGCGCUGGGGGCUUCCAACAUCCCGUAUCCAAGGUGACAAGCGAGGAGAUUUCACCGCAACACAACUUUACGACAUUCGCGCAACCUUUGCCAGUUGCCGAGCAGGAAAACGUCGUUGCGUACCAAGCGGCCUUGGCCGCCGCUGCUUACCAGGCCGCCGCAGCAGGCAAAUUCCGGCGGGAAUCCCCACCCACAUCGCCCGCCAUUUCCGCCUCCGCGGGCGGUCCGUCCCCCACUAACGACUAUGACGACUAUGACGAGUCGCCGCACAUCGAUUUUGACGAUUAUGAACGUGACGACCUUGAUGAUUUUAACUUAGACGACGACGAUAUUAUUGCAGAGGCCAAUGCGAGCGCGCUUGCCAACGAUUCCGAUGGCUGGUAUGGACAGGAAUUCGGAUUCUACUCGGCCCCUGCCUCGCAGCAGAACCCGACAACCGGGUUUCACCUUCAGAGCCCCGGGCUCGCCCAGCUCGCCAUGAUGGCGGAUGCCGCCGACGAUAGCAAUAUGACGCUAUCAGCACUCUUGAAGCUUCGGUCAAGGGCGUGGGGAGGAUCCCAAGCGAGUUUGGUGUCGAGCCGCGACGGAUCUCCUCGUUCCGAACGUGGCGAUGGCACAAGCUCACCCAUGGUCGGACCCCAUCUCGGGAUUGGAGGCUUCCACGGAAGAAAGAACUCGUCGUUCUCGGUACUCAGUAGGGAGUCGGAAAACUACAGCUCUCCAGGCAGCCCUACCCUAACGAUGUCCCUGCCGGCCGUUUUGUCACCCCGGCCUUCAGCGAUGCAAUCAACGCAGACCGCGAUGUUUAUCCCCAGUCCUGGCUACGCUCUUUCCCCUCUCCAGGACCUGCCUUUUCUCCGCGCCCGGGGCAGCCCCUCUCAUGCCGGGGCAGCCCUCGUCAAUCCGAUGCAGCUUCGGGUGGAGUGGGUGCGCGAACGAGGCCACCCGACUACACAAGCAACACGCGACGAGGCUUCGGCUCCCGAAAAGGAACAGGGCGCGCUUUCCCGACGGCUUGAGCAGGCGACGGAAGACGCACUCACAAGCGGCGGGAGGUCGGGCUGGCGUGCCAUCGAAGAGGCGGGGUUCUCGGAAGAGCUCAAGGCGAAAUUAUACGAAAAGGUGGCAACGGCAACGAUUGGUUCGGCCGAGGACCUCGUCGGAGGCCGUGUCGGGCCGGGAGCUGGUGCCGGAACGCGAGCACACGCCGAAGCUGCACCGUGGACGGGCGAGGAGUCGCACGAGGACGCGGCGUUGCGCAUGCUAGAUGAUUCCAAGAGGAAGCUCCCUCCUACCCUUCGAGGGCGACCGGCCAUCCCGCCACCGACCCUGAGCCGUGCUUCGACUAGGGCCGGCGGCGGGAAAGGGUUGACGGAAGAGGAGAGGGAAGAUUUCUUAAAGGAGCUCAGAGAGCGCUUCCAGCCCGGAGCGCGGGCUCUACCAAAUACCAUCUCUGGACUGACGUCCUUGGCAAACCAGAGAAUUGAAGAGGCGAUGGCCAGGGGCCAAUUCAAGGACAUUCCCCGUGGGCCCGGAAUUGAGCGAGAUGCACGAGCCGACAAUCCCUUCAUCGAUACUGUAUACGACGCGCUACCGAGCUCUGCCGAUGCAGGGCCCGUCUUUCGAGAUCCGGCCUGGGAGGGGGCAGAGAGGUCCUACCUCGAACUCUCCGUCGAGAAGCUAAACUCGCUAGCGAGAUCGUACAACCUCAUGGCGCCGGAACUCGCCAAGAAACCCUACUUUUCUCUCACCAGGGAGCUGGAGUCCUGCUACGCCGAGGUGGCGCCCUCCGCUACGAUCUACGAGAAGCGAGGCGACGGGUACGGCUUCAAGGAGAUGUGGAGGGACAUCUGGAGCAAGCGCAAAUCUUGA